AUGUCACAGGCACGACUGCGGAGCAGAUGCUCCUUCUCCUCAUUUUCGUCGUCAUCGUCGUCUGUGUCAUUCCUCAACGCCUUGCAGCUGCGUCUCAGUGGUGCGUCGUCGGGAUCCAGUGGCUAUCGUUUUGCAUCCGUUUGCCGCCGCGUUGGGCUGCACUCCGCUUUCCUCCAGGCACACCAGCGCAGCUCUUUGCGGUUUUGCACUCUUUUGUGUGCCCGACGCUUCAGUGGAGGCGGUGCCCGUCGCGCCCCCACCUUCGUCGAGGUGUCGGAGGCGUGCAGUAUUCUAGGGGUGGAGCCGGAUUGCGACCAGCGGCAGCUUAAAACGAUUUAUCGUGAUUUAGUGCGGAAGCAUCACCCCGACGCUGGCGGCGAGGAAGCGGCGAUGAGUCGCAUCACGGUUGCCUACGAUCGACUAAGAGGCAUGUCAAAGCUGGAGAAGGAACAAUACAAGCUGCAGAAGGAGACCUAUCGUGGAGGAAGUUACUACGCCCCUGGGAGAAGCAGCAGCAGCAGCAGCAGCGGGCAUCGCUACCAAACAUCGUCUGGUUACGCUGCACAUAACGCCCGUACCACACAUGACGCACGGGGUUUUUAUGACUCCCCAAAUGGGGAUUUUUUUCGUCAGGGUUCCAUGCGGUCCCAUAGUUACUAUAACUACCAGCAACGAAACCAAAGUUAUGCAGAGAAUUCUUUUUCAUCGUCGAAUCCGUUUGCGUUUCGCACGCAAAUUAGAAGGGCGUGGAGCAUGCCGUUUUCAUCUCUUCUUUUGCGUGGUCUUGUGAUGUACCUUGGGCUAUCGAUUUUUCUUUUGCUGGCAUAUCGCCAAUACCGAGAUUGGGUUCACGAUGAUGGCUGGAAAAUGUCUGAAAGUUUGGCACGAUAUGAGCAGAUGUCGGAGAUGCAUCGUUUACGACAAGAGAUGAAUGAACGCGUUCGUGCUGCACGGGAAGCUGCGGAUGCGCAAAAUUUCGGCGUGCGAACCUUCGUGCGACUACCCGAUGAUGACGAUGACUACAACGCGGCAUCGUUGUCGCGAAGCCAGGAAUUGCGGGCCCUGGAGUACGCUCGUCGCCGACAGAUGGAGUUAGACGAGGAGGUAAAGGGGUGGCCGAGGUUCGGCGAGGACAAAGGCCGACUCGUACGUCGCGCACAGGAUCCCCCCGGUGUGGUUUUCUUUGAACCACGGAAGGAAGACCUGCGCAUUAGGCAGGUGCGGAAUAUGCAGGUGGGCCGCGAGUGGAGCGAAAGGAAGCGAACAACGAUAACGGUGGAUGACAAGGAACCUUCGGCUAAGGGCCAGACUUCCGUCACAUCUGCCACAAAUACUGGAAAAGGAGUAAGCACAACUGCUUCCACUACUACUAGUGGUUCUGCUAGUACUAGCACUGAGAGUGGCGACGCUGCUCCUGACGAGGUUGAGGCUGUUAGUAGGAUGAAAAAUGUCAUGAGUGUCAUAUUAGGCGGUGAACAGAAAACCGUGCGGAAUAGAUGA